UUGGUUUUGCUCGUAGCCGUAGGAUAGAUUGUUGCUGAUCGGGUCGACUUCCAGAGUUCCAGUUCCAGGCAUGGCUACGGAGACGAAGGAUAACGAGAGUAUCCAUGCGAACACUGAGGUCAAGCUCAUACACCAGGCAAUCCAGCAGCUCCUAAAGAAGAACAGAGUAGACCGGCAGAAAUCCACUGGCAAUAGCUUGGUCGCAGCCGACGACAGUGACGAUGAUGAUGAUCAGAUGUUGCUCUCCAGAUUGCUUUCCCAGCUGGAAUCAUUAAAAGAGGACAAUGCUUUGAAGCCAUCUGAAUCACCAACAGAAACAAAAGACUUACCCUCAUCUGCAGUAGUUAAAGUAGGGGUAAAAGAUGAGUAUGUAAAUAUACCAAGUAAUGGAAGCAGAGGAAUGGACAGUGAAGAGAUAUUGGAAGAGAUAAAGAAAGUGAGGAGACAAAAUUCUAUCACUCACUGGCUUCUUUCUAUCAUGAUUUUUCUCACUGCCGCUUGGCAGCUAUCUGAGGUCUCACUUAUUCUGAUGGUUAAGGAUAAAUUAAGCCACCCUUUUAGAUCAGUUGGAAAUGUGGUCACGGGGAUGAUAAUGGGUAGGGGCAAGAAUGAGCGGGAUGCAGAACAGAACACACAGACUGAAGCCCCUUCACUCCCCUCUCUAAAAAUGCCAGAGCUUCCGCGUGUGGAUUUGCCAGCCUUGGGAUUGAGCAACGAGGAUUAAAAGUUCCUGACUUCUUGGAUUUUCGAAUCUAAAGCCAAGGGUGGUAAGCCAUUAUCUAUUUUAAGUCAUUAAGUGAACGCUGUUUUGGUUUGUGAUGAUUGAAGAGUGAGAAGAUGAAAACCUAGCAGGAUAUCAUUUUGCUUCAUUGCAUUCUUGUAUGGAACCAUAAAUAUGACGACACUUCUUAAUUCCUGUGCAGCAUAAAUUCUUAAUUUUCUCAUAAUUGAAUGUUUGUGAGGGGAUGCAAGUGGGUUUGGGAGCCUUUAACAGUUGAUACACACAGACAAAGUCGAUUGAAUGGGGCGAUAGGUGGUGUGCUCAAGUGUUUAAAUUUUAAAUUUCAAAAGCAGUGAGCUUAAUGUAAUAAUGUCAAAUUACGAUACAUGUGAUUAGGUCAAAUGGGCUAAGAAUGCAUGGAUGAUUUUGGUUUUAAUGGCAGAAAAAGGAUCAAAAGGAUCCUGGUUUGAAAUCUACAAGAUUUUAUCUUAA